GAGGAGAGCGCGAGCGGGCGAGCGAGCGAGGCCGGGGAGGGGGCCGGGAGCGAGGGGACAGCUCGGGAGCAGCCGGAGCGGUAGCGGCGGCGGCGGCGGCGAGGCUCGGCGCCCUCUUCUCUGCAAACCAUGUUUGCCAAAGGCAAAGGCUCGGCGGUGCCCUCGGACGGGCAGGCUCGGGAAAAGUUAGCUUUAUACGUCUACGAAUAUUUACUGCACGUAGGAGCACAGAAAUCUGCACAGACCUUCUUGUCAGAGAUUCGAUGGGAAAAAAACAUCACGUUGGGAGAACCGCCUGGGUUUUUGCACUCGUGGUGGUGCGUAUUUUGGGACCUUUACUGUGCAGCUCCUGAAAGGCGAGACACUUGUGAACAUUCGAGUGAAGCAAAAGCCUUUCAUGAUUACAGCGCAGCAGCCGCCCCGAGCCCCGUGCUUGGCAACAUUCCCCCCAACGACGGGAUGCCGGGAGGCCCCAUCCCGCCAGGUUUCUUUCAGGGUCCUCCGGGGUCACAGCCCUCGCCGCACGCACAGCCUCCACCUCACAAUCCCAGCAGCAUGAUGGGACCCCACAGUCAGCCUUUUAUGUCACCGCGAUACGCAGGCGGCCCCAGGCCCCCGAUCAGAAUGGGAAACCAGCCUCCAGGAGGAGUUCCUGGGACCCAGCCACUGCUGCCCAAUUCCAUGGAUCCCACCCGACAACAAGGGCACCCCAACAUGGGAGGAUCAAUGCAGAGAAUGAACCCUCCCCGAGGCAUGGGACCCAUGGGGCCCGGCCCACAGACUGACCCUUGGUUAUCGUUGCAGAAUUACGGCAGCGGCAUGAGACCACCACCCAACUCCCUCGGCCCCGCCAUGCCCGGGAUUAACAUGGGCCCGGGAGCUGGCAGACCCUGGCCAAAUCCUAACAGUGCUAACUCAAUUCCAUACUCCUCCUCAUCACCUGGUACCUACGUGGGACCUCCUGGCGGUGGUGGCCCCCCAGGAACACCCAUCAUGCCUAGUCCUGCAGAUUCAACAAAUUCCAGUGACAACAUCUACACAAUGAUUAAUCCGGUGCCGCCUGGAGGCAGCCGGUCCAACUUCCCGAUGGGUCCAGGCUCGGACGGCCCGAUGGGAGGCAUGGGCGGCAUGGAACCACACCACAUGAACGGAUCGUUAGGGUCAGGUGACAUAGAUGGACUUCCAAAAAAUUCUCCUAACAACAUAAGUGGCAUUAGCAAUCCUCCAGGCACCCCUCGAGACGAUGGUGAGCUAGGAGGGAACUUCCUCCACUCCUUCCAGAAUGACAAUUAUUCUCCAAGCAUGACGAUGAGCGUGUGAUCCCCUCCUCUUCUCCGAGACGCUGAGAGAGCCGGCAUUGCAGGCGGGAAGAUGCCAGAAAUUAUGCAAGAAGAAGUGAGGUGUCAUUACCCACGAGCUGGGGGAGGGGCGUCUCCCUGCUCCCCCUCAGCCCCCACCCUCCUCCUCCAGUCCCCCCCACCUGUCCCAAUUUUAGUUUCAUGCAAUAAAAAGGCCGAACUUUUUAUUCCAUAAAACAUGAAGGACAAAACUCAAAAUAAAAAUAUAUUUCAAGUCAA